AUGCUUUGCCAGCGGUCUGGGUACUACAAACCCCACAAGCCCUCGCGGUUCAAGCCAUACUUGAAUUUUACAUUCACAAACUUUAUCUGGACGUUGGUAGUUGGCUAUGUGCUGAUGGUUUCAUUCAAGUGGAAUGCAAACACUGAACGCUACUUGAGAGCAAUUUCAAUUCCUGUCUGGAUGAUACUGCUUUUUCAUAUAGCAUCACUGGCUGGCUCAUGGAGAAUCCCAGUGUUCCUGGUUAUUGUUUUCCUGAUGUCUGUGGGCACCCUUUAUGAAAAACAGAAUGGGAAGGAGUCUGCUGGGGCAGAAUUACCAGGACAAGUGAUCUCCAUGGCAGCUUCUACUCUUGCAAACUUGGCCAUCUCCAUCACAGGGUAUGAAUCAAGCGGUGAAGACCAGCCCUCCACUCAGCCUGCAGAGCCCACGGACAGGGGAGAGCCCCCGCCAGCAUUGUCUGCUUCUUCUUCAUCUUCUUCACGUUCCUCACCUUCUUCUCCUUCACCUACUUUGGGUAGACAGAGGCCUGAGAUGGGGACAUUUCUCAGAAAGAAGAAAACGAGUGACGUUUACUUCGUGUCUCUCGUGUGGGCCAUCAUUGCUGUACAGCUCUGGCUGAAUCUGUGGAUUGUACAGCUACUGCCGGUGCCUGUUGCAGUCUGGAUAAUCAAAAAGCUCGUGAUUCACUUUGGAGUGGUGGGCUUCCUGGAGAAACGCUGCCAUGUGUGGUGGCAGGUUAUCGAGUGCUUCCUGAAGGAGCGGCAGGAGGCUUUAGCACCAUGGCCAAUUAUCGGGCUUGGGAAGUUCUUACUAAAAGUUGAUAGCAAGAUGAUCAUCUGGUUGGAGAAGAUGUUAGAUAAAAUUAUUAGCAUUUUCAUCAUAUUUUUGCUAGUAAUAGGAACCCUUCUUUUAGCUCUUCUCCUGACUGCAAAGGUACAUCAAGAAAGUGUACACAUGAUUGAAGUCACAAGUAAUUUGAUUAAUGAGACCCUAGCAAAUCACCCAGAGUGGGCAAAUUGGCUUCCUGAGGCUCAGGUGGUCCAAAGAGCCCUUAAUUCUGCAGCCAACAAUGUCUAUCAGUAUGGACGAGAAUGGAUAACCCACAAGCUUCACAAAAUUCUGGGAGAUAAGGUGAACAAUACAGCUGUGAUUGAGAAGCAAGUUCUAGAACUGUGGGACAGAUUGUAUCACUCUUGGUUUGUAAAGAACGUGACACACUCUGGAAGGCACAAAGGGCACAAAAUGCAUGUGAGUCGUCAGAACAGCUGGUUGGGAGAUAUUCUGGACUGGCAAGAUAUUGCCUCCUUUGUUCAUGAGAACAUCGAAACAUUCCUUUCGAUAUUAUCUUUUGGCUUCCAAAUAUGGAAGAUGAAGAUUUUGGAGUCCCUGUGGAUUGUUAUGAGCCGGAAUGUGAGCUUGCUGUUUACCACUGUUACCACAUUGCUGACCAUCCUCUUCUACAGUGGCACUGCCCUUCUCAAUUUCGUGCUUUCCCUGAUAAUUUUCCUGACCACACUGUUUUAUCUGUUAAGUUCCAGUGAUGAGUACUACAAGCCAGUGAAGUGGGUGAUAAGCCUGACACCACUGUCUCAGCCAGGUCCUUCUUCUAAUAUUAUUGGCCAGUCUGUGGAAGAAGCUAUCAGAGGGGUAUUUGAUGCUUCCCUCAAAAUGGCUGGCUUCUAUGGAUUGUACACCUGGCUGACCCACACUAUAUUUGGCAUCAAUAUUGUCUUCAUACCAUCAGCUUUGGCAGCAAUCCUUGGAGCGGUGCCAUUUCUGGGGACAUAUUGGGCAGCAGUACCUGCCGUUCUAGACCUGUGGCUGACACAAGGGUUAGGAUGUAAGGCCAUCUUGCUCCUGGUCUUUCAUCUCUUGCCAACAUACUUCGUAGACACUGCAAUCUACUCUGACAUAUCAGGAGGAGGCCAUCCUUACCUGACUGGCUUAGCGGUGGCUGGUGGAGCAUACUACCUGGGCCUGGAAGGAGCAAUAAUUGGGCCCAUACUACUCUGCAUACUUGUGGUUGCUUCCAAUAUCUACAGUGCCAUGCUAGUGAGCCCUACGAAUUCAUUACCCACACCAAAUCAGACACCGUGGCCUGCUCAGCCUCAGCGGGCUUUCCGUGACAUCUCUGAAGAUCUGAAAUCUUCAGUAGAUUGACAUGGCUUCACUGCUGUGACUCCUGUGGGGAGUUCUACCUCGACAGUGAAUUCUCCCAGUUGUGGCCUCUGUCCUGUCAGCUGUGUCUGGUAGGCAGAGGCACCAAAAAUGAAGCUGAAGCCUCCCAGCCUUACAUGCAGAACACCAAGUGAGAGAGGACUUGCUCUAGGCUGCUUUGCAUUUUAAAACACAGCUUGAGUUGGAAACUGUGUGUACUCACAGCUCAUGCAAGGAUGGCUUGAAAAGUUGCAGUUCGUGCACUGGUAUCAAGGCUUGAAAUUGGCCUCAUUGAUUGUCUACUGCAAUGCAUAUGUAUAGAGUUACUUUAAGGAUUCUAAAAUACCUGCUAUUAAAAGUAUAUUCAGUGUCAUUUUUCUCCUGCCUUAGGAGUUCUUAGCCCCUUUUGAGUGACUUUCACUUUGGAGUAUGGCUUAAUAAGCAGAGAAAAUGAGUCUUACACCCUUUUAGAAUAACCUUUUCCCCUUCUUGGAGGAGAAAGGUGUUGUAGAAGUGAUGGUGGGGUAUGUGUGCUGUGACAGAAGAGAAGCAGUAGGAGUGGAGCUCUCCCUCCUUCCUCCCCUUCACCUUUCCUCUCAAGGUUGCCAAAUUUCUACAACUUUUCUGACCACAUUGGAUGAAGAUCCUCAUUGAGCUGCUGUGAAUAGUAAUAGUGUAAUAGCAUCCAUGCUGUCAACUUUCUUCUUGAACUCUUUUACAAGAAGAGACUCUCAGGUGCAGUGGUACUCUGGUUUGCUGUGUGUGUCCCUAGCCCUUUACUUGGAACUCUACCAGUAAGUUACUUAGCAGCAGAAUUUUAUGUUUUCUGCCACUUAUCACAGUGCCUUGCACAUGUGACUCUAGAUGAAUGCUUGCUGGGUUCGACUGUAACUUUCUACGUAUCUCAGAUAUGACAUAACCAUCAUAGUGCUUCACAUUUUCAGCCUGUGUGUAUUACUUACACUCAUUUCACAUCAGCUCUCUCAGCUUUGUAUUCUCAACAGUGUCACACUCGUCAGGGCACUAAGCUUCAGGACAGUGGCAAUGCAGAGCCACCAAGUGUUGUAAGACUCGGUCUCCCGUCUUCUGACUUCACAUUGGCAAACUCUGUCUCGGUGCAUUUUUUAGGGCUCAGCAGUUUCCCAGUCCUGCGUCCCAGGUGUUGUCAAACGUUCCUUGCAAGUAAAAGAAAGCUUGUUCUGCUUCAUGACAUGGUUGGAAGGAGAGCCAGCACCUAGUUCUGUGCCCUUCCUAGAUGGCUGUUCUAUCACCAGCCCUGCCUGUGCCCAGAGGGAAUGUGAAGCAGAAGAGAUUUGUGUCAAAGAUUUUUUUUUUAAGCACUUAAGACUAAAAUUAACUUUUCCUAAAACAUCUCACUAAGUUUAUAAAUUUAUUUAUGUCACAAGUAAUAAACCCCACCUAGUGCAGUAUCUUGACUUGGCUGUGUAUAGUAUAGCACAAGCAGGUCUUCUGGUGUAUCAUGAAUCCUUCAAUGUUUAUGACCUGUUACUCCAUUACCUGUUAGAUUUGACCACUAGAUCACUCUGUUCUUUAAUCAGUUGCUCAUUUGUUAAUUAACACAUUUCUUGAGCGUUAGUAAACUCUAGGCACCAUUCCAGGUACUGUAUAGGGUGCUAUGGGAGAUAACUCCAGAGGCAGCCUCUCACCUUAAACGCUAGCCAGAUCAUGUAUCAUACUAAAUCCAAAAUUCUUGUAUUAAAAUGGCUGAAGAGAGAAACCAAGGUUGUGAUUGUUUACUUUAACCUGGUAAGUUUAUAGCUAUAAUUAGCACAUGCUCAUAAGAGGCAAAUAUACACAGUGGUUUGUGUGCAUAUACAAAUUAUGUUGUUCCAAUGUGCUUUUAGUCAUGUAAAAGCAAAAUUGCAAAAACCUAAGUUUGAGCUAAUUCAUAGCUGUUGGUAGGAUAGUUCUCAGUCUGAAUGUAAAGUUGUUCAUUGGGAACCCCGAACUUCAUAAAUUAGUGGCAUUGACCUAAUACCUUCCUGAAAUUUUAGGAGCAGAGGUCCCCACAUUGCCACACAGUCCUAUCAAACCACUCCGUUGAUUCAGGAAGGCCACCAUUUGGAUAGGUUGGAACCACAAAAGCACCCUGGCAUGUGUCAGGAACAGGGAUUUUCCUAGGAUAGAUAGAGAGCAGGUAUCAUGAUAAGGUAGGAAUCUUUAGCUUAAGUCUCUGCCCUACCCUGAAGAGUUUGCAUGGGAAUUUGACCCAGGAAGAAGUUUCCCCAGGAACAGAGAUGGUGUCUAUCUAUGCCUGGCCUGUUUUUUUUUUUUUUUGUUUUGUUUUGUUUUGUUUUUGUUUUAGUAUAGAAUGCUGUGUGUGUGUGUGUGUGUGUGUGUGUGUGUGUGUGUGUGUGUGUGUGUGUGUGUGUGUGUGUGUGUGUGUGUGUAGAAUGCAUCCAUGAAGCAAAAGUAGUUUCAGUGAAACUGAAGACAGAACUCUGACAUAGCAUCUUGGAUUGUGUAGAUACAUUAGGGGUUAGCUCCAAUUCCCAUUCGCUGACAGUUUUAAAUGGAAUGGGUUCAAGGGGAGCUGAGAAGCUGUGUGCACCCAUCUGCUCCUAUUUUUGAUAUGGGUACAGGGCUGGAAGCAUAAUCCAUGUUAUGUUCCUCCUGCCUGAAUCCCACACUCUUAUUUCUAGACAUGAUCUAUGGGCCUCUUUGGCUGCCAGUGUUAGAUACUACUAAAACUGUGAAUCUCCUAACCCUUUUCCCCCAAGAGCGGGAUCUCACAGAGAUCCUCCUGCCUCUGCCUCCCAAGUGCUGGGAUUAAAGGCGUGCGCCACCAACGCCCGGCUGGCAACAUACUUUUAGUUCCUGCAAAGAACAACUAUUUAUCUUCAGUUUAUUUAUUUUUAUCAGUUUCUUGUCUUUACUAUUUUUGUCAUCAAAUGUGUUCUUUUUUUUUUUUUUUUUUAAACUCAUUAAAGUCUGGGGUAAACACUUAUCUGAAGCCACUAAGCAGAUUCCUUGAUAACUUAAAAACAUACAAGAGAAUUGUAGAUGAACAUUCUUACCAGUCACAGAAGUUUUGUGCUUGAAUGGGCUGUUGUUAUGAGAUGAUGUGAUUGUUUUAGAGAAGGAAACAGAUUUAUUGGCAAAGUAGCUUAUGGUACAGAGCCAGUUAGCAGCAGAAUUCAGAGUGAUAUAUAGAUCGUCUCCCACUCAGCCCACCUUCUGCUUUCCUUCCCUUUUCCUCAUGACCACUUUUGUCAAAAAAGAAGAUGUUCUGUAUAGCAGUCAUUUGCAGAAUUAAUGAAGUUGUAAGAGAAAAACUGCUAGGGUAGGGAGAUUCCAUGGUCAAUUUAAAUUGAGGAAUGCUAAGUUGUUUCCUUUCCCUGGGAUGUUUUAUUAUGUCAUGACACAUUGUGAAUUUAGGAGGGACAGACUGUUUCAUUGUAUGUUGUACCUCUAUCCUCUCCCUUCCCUCUUUCUCUGAGCAUCUUAAAAGACCAGGGGUCUUUUUGAGCUUUUGAUCAAGUUUAUAGGUCUUGUAGAAGACGAUUGCUGGUAAGAAUACUGGCAGUGCAUGUGUUACCGUGCAUCCAUGGGAUGGCAACAAGUCCCAGCAGUCUGGUAAGACACCAAGAAAGAAGACAUUCUUUCCCAGCUGUGGCACACAAAGUCAGUAUCCCCAAGUUAUCCAAGAAUCACCUAAAUUGCAAAUACACUGGUGAUGUUGGUACUGCAUCUUAGCAAUGCUUUUGUAUGGCACUUUAUAAUUUUCAGGCACCUUUGGGUUCAACCCUGUGAGCUAGAUAGUAUUACAGUCAUUGUUCAGAUGAGGCACUGGAAGCUCCAAGAAGUGUGUUGUUGUUGACUCCUUCUUUUCUCUUUCUCUCUCUUGCCCUCUUCUCUCCCAAGUUUAGAUCACAAAAGGAUGGAGCCAGAAUUUGGUUACAGUCUCUGACUCCAAGUCCAAAGUUCUUUAUACUGGUCUUUCCUUCUACCUUUAUGUAUACGACGAAGGUAUGGAAACAGAUCUAACAGUGUAUUUGCUUAUUGUGAAAUACAAAUUCUUUUGUAUUGGAAUGUAACCCAAAAGUGUAACUCUUACUGUAGUUGUCCUAGAGAACCCUCCUUUGUCCUUGCAGUGCUACUUGUUAAGGUACUUGGCUUGUACUUCAAAUACUGUUUGAUUGUGAAACUAAGAUUGAGCAUAUUGUAAUUAUUUAGCUUUGAAAAUGUAUCGCCUCUGCAUUCUCAGGUGAAGGAAAGAAAUAGUUUGACAGGAAAACUAGCAUUCAAAUGCGACAAUAAAUAUCCUUUAUUACAUAAAUGCUGUUUCUUAGCUUUAAUUUGCUUUCACAACUUACUGAUGUAACAUCUUUGUAAAAUGUAAUAUAUUUCUAUUUUGAAAUAAAGUCACAAAUGUUGGAUGAAA